CCUUGCGUAGCUAAACGCAGUGAAGAGAACUGCUUGCGUGGAACUCAAGCAUCUCUGCUGCAGAGCUGUAUCCGAGAGAGGAGAGACACGUCGGUCAAUACGGUUCUGCUGAAAGUCUUCAACGCAAGUUCUCCCGUCAUCAAUUCAACCCUGUCCCUCCUCCACACUUUGAUUUCUUGCAUUUCUUGCGACCUAUCGCUCCACCUUCUCUCCCUCACUUUCUUCUUUCUUUCGCGCUCGUCUGCUCAGUCGUCGAAUCGCAAUGGCGGGUCGCCGACUGUCUUCUUCUCGCGGUUUGCCGCUUCUGUCUCGCCUUCCUCACACGAAAGCGUCCUUCUUACAUCUCCCCUCCUCGUCCUCUCGUUUAUCUUCCUCCUUCCCUCCCUCUCGCUUAUCUUCCUCUCGCUUAUCUUCCUCUCGUUUAUCUUCCUCGCGUUUAUCUGCCUCUGCUUUGCCCGCUUCCUCGUCUUCUUCCCAUUUGGCUUCUUCUGCUGCUGCUUGUUCAUGGCCUGGCCCAGGUGUCUCUCCUCGGCUUCCGCGACAGCCCCCUGCUCGUCUGUUUCCUCUCUUUUCUUUUCCUGCUUCUCCGCAUGCUUCCCCUGGCUUCUCUGCGGUUUGCUCUGCUCUCUCUUUGCCCUCUUGCUCCUUCGCCUCGGAAUCCGGCCAAGUAGGAGACGGCGAACUUCUGCGGCGCGUCGAGGCUGCUGCGGCGCGCCUGACGCAAGAAGCAGAGAAAAGGAGACUGAGACAGGCGGAGCCACACGAGCUUGACAACCAUGCAGCUUUCAGUCCUCCCCCCUCCAAUCGUUCUCCUUUUUCUUCUUUGUCUCCUCAGUCUCCCUCUUCUCCGCCGUCGCAUUCGUCAUCUCUGCCUCUGGCGAAUGCUGUGGGGAGAGACGAGCUACUGGAGAAAGGCGGCGAAACGCUGCCGGCCGGUCCAGAGUCCACUUUCGUGGAUGUCGGGUAUCGCGUGGAGAAGGUUUCGCACUGGGCGUCGGCGAUGAAUCAGCUUCAGUCCACUCUUCUGCUGCUGCAUGCCUGUCCGGCAGAAGGAGGCCUCAAAGCUGAGUUGCGCAGAGUCGCCGCGAAAGCGUAUCUCGAUAUGGCGAUGCUUUCUCACCAGUGCAAUAAACUGGAUGCGGCCGCGGACGCGUACCAGCGAGCGCUGGGCUUCUAUCUGGAGCAAUUGCUUCAAGACGAUCUCUUGUGCAAAGAGAUAGAAACGAACACUCAGAGAGAAGAGGCCGCGCUCUCGCGCUCUGCUGCUCUCGACAUCGCCAACUGUCUCUCCUGCGUCGGUGUCGUCGAAGCGGAUCGCCAAAAUACUGCAAAGGCAGUGGAGUAUCUCGAGCAAGCGAUGCUGUGGAAAGCCAGCCUGGUGCACAGCUUGCCUCUCGCUCCUCUGCUGAAGGAUCUCGAGAGACAGACGGGAAGGACUUCUUCUUCUCUUUCCUCGACGAAGGAGGCGCGCGACGAACGGCGGCAAGCGAUGGAGAUUCCGCUCGAGCCAGAAGGACUGUUUUUCGACACCAUGAACAGCCUAGGCGGCAUUUACCUGCGACAAGGGAAAGUGCGGGAGAGCACCGCGGUUCUGCGCUUCGCCGUCAAGUGUAUGUACAGCUUGGGAGAGCUGUACACUGGUCAGCGCUUUCGACCCCUGGGGAGAAACCACAAGCGCGCCGAGGUACAGACUGUGGCAGAGACAGCCGACGACGCGUCUGAGGAACCUCUGACGCUGGGCAAGUUGUUCCAUGGAGACAGGAAAGAGGAAAUGUCCCCCAAGGCUCCCUCUUCUCCCUCUUCUCUUUCAUCGCCUUCUUCUUCUUCUCUUCCCUCUUCUCUUCCUUCUGCUGAUGCGUCACCUGGAAGGGAGCAAGAUGCUUUCGCGUUUUUUUUGACGGCGCUGUGUCAACACAUUAAUGAGGAGAGGCGCGUUUUGCGGGAGGAGGCGCGGCGGGCGGCCGAGCAGGCCGAAGAGAGGAAGCGAGAGCUUCGCAGAAUGCAGGUGAAGCAGAUGGAAGCUCGCGCGGGCAUCCCCGCGGAGAGGAGCGAACCAAGCCAAGACGCACCCGCGACCGCAGAAGGAGAAAGGAGAGAAGAAGGAAGAAGCGAAAGAAAGGAGGGCGACACGAAGGAGCCUUGCGUUGCAGGGACUCCAGCCAAAACCAAAAUGCGAAGUGGCGCGGAGAGUCUGCUGCCUUACGGGACGAUCGUCUUCUACAAUCUAAGUCAAAGCCUUUUGGCUCUUGGAAAGCAUGCAGAAGCGCGAGAUGCUGUGGAGAAGGCAGAGGCCCUCGCGCAGCUUGCGCGAAAGCCGGACCUCGAAAGCCGCGUCGCAGCUCUCAAGGUGGCUCUUUCUGCCCCUUCUGUUUGAGUGCCCAAGUGCGUUCAAGCGGAUGAUGCUGCCUUUCCACGGACUGUCCUACGACGCGCGAUUCGUUCAUCGAGUCAACACGAUCCGCUUCUUUGGGAGCCACUGUCGUCAGGUGGCGAAGGUCUUUGGGGACUCAAGUUCGCCUGUGUCCGAAGCACGCAGUUACGAGUAUUCUUGGUAUGCAGCUGGAAUCAAUCGAACGCCUCGUACCAAUAUAACAAAGAUUACAAGGGUACCCGCGACAAAAAGGCAGUCAGACGGCGCCCGUCUCGUGCAUGCAAGCGCACCACAUGCGCCCCCUUUCGGAGUUUUCCAGCUUCCGUUCCCCCGUUUUCAAAAGCUGCUUCUUUUCGGUUUUUAUCUGGGAGAAACAAGCGCGGUGCGUGGGUGCGAUUGUUUCUUUCGGCGAAGUCUUUCUCCGUCGUCAAAUGCCGGCCUGCCUUAAACCGCUGCAUACAUACAGCUUGCAACCCCGCGUCGUUGAAAUCGGUUUUUGAGUCCCCCUUUCCGCUUAUCUCAACUGAUCCUUCUUAGACGCCUUGUGCAUGUCGACCAGUGGGGGGUGUGGCUUUCUCUUUCUGGUUUUCUCCUCACGGCAUCGGAAAGCAUCGUGGAGCAUUGUAAUGCGUAUGAAUAUACGCAUAUGUGUAUAUGGCCAGAUAUGACAAUUUAUAUUUGGUGCGCAUGCAAGGGAAAAGACGCACCCAUUCUUUAACAAUUUAAACACAACUACAUCAUGGUUGCGUCUCAGAUAACUGAGAUACGAAAGGUACGGUUUUGAUUAACCAGAGUUUUCGCUAUAGCUCUGAGAUGUUCGUCAUGUCAGUCUUUUUCUCCACCUGCUCCUGCUGCGAUGUGGCUCCUCUUCUUGCCUUCACCGUCGGUUCACAAAAAGACUCGAGCACUGAACACCUGUGGCAUUUGCCACUGGCGGCAUCAACAAAUGGAGAUUCCUCAGGUCUUUUCCAGAGUUGGACUCGCUGGAACGCAAACCUCCAGAGCAUGUGAAUUAAGAGAGACCUCGAGAAAUCUAAAAACGGAACAUACUUUCGCGGCGGAUGUGCAGCACGGAGCGCAGUUGCCCUCGAUCGCUGCUUUGUCAAAGAUUCACCAGUUUUGACUGGGCCCUUUUCGUUGAAUUGGUUGAUGGCUCCCUUCGCUUUUAGAAUUCCAACAAAGGUUUUUUCG